ACAGACGAACGUUUUGCUUAAGAAGUGGCAGAUGGUAGCUAACUUUUGGAUCUCAUUAUAUUGAAUGACCAGGCUCUGAUUAAAUAAUCACAAGAGCACACCAUGUGUGGAUCGUAAUAACAGACCACUGCAAAGAAUCAACAGACAUGACUUCUGCCACUGCCGAGCAAGUCAAUGUGGGAAACGCAGGGAAACAAGGUGUAGGAGUCAGCUUUCGAUUUCCAAGGAUACCAUGCACAAAGUACAAUGUCAUAGGAAACUCCAAAAUGAGGGUGAGACGAGAGCAAAGGCAUAGGGAUCUUAAAGAAGCCGUCUGGAGGGUGCCGAAAGCAGUUCAAGCUAAUCUUGAAGCGAAGGUACCAGAGGUGCCCCACGCAGACAGAACGAAUGGCUUGGCCAAAGGUACAGUAUACGGGAAGCGUCGACGCCCGUUCAGGCAGCAAGAAAGCUUGAAUUCCCACGACAAAUCCAGUCUGUAUGCCGCGAGGUCCGAGGACAGUUUCAAAGGCUUUGAGAUCAACCAUACUCCAAGAAUGGUCACACUUGUGGAUGAACGGUUCAAGACUGAGAAGAGAUACAUUGCUAGAUUCUACCGACAACGCAGUAGUGCCCUGUUGAGUCCAAUUCACAAGAAACGUCCUUCCAGGACUGUCUCUAUUUCGUUGCCGAGCGUAGUGCAGGAAUACGACUUGACCGGCCCAGGUAAAGGAGACCGACCUGGUCCUGCAAAGGAAAAACCGAUAUCCAUGAUCCAGUUGGACAAGUACCACUCGAAAGAUUGUCUGUAUUGUGAUGUCGCUGGACAGAAAUAUUGCAGUGAGUGUAGACGAAAACAUCGCCACAUCCGAAUAGCCGAAUCCAGCCCCGAUUCUCUGAAAUUCCCGAAGUUACCAUCUUGCCACGUUCAGAAACACAGUCAUGGGGCGCCCUCUACCGAAUCAAUUAAUGAUAACGAAGGUCAGCAAGCAGGGAAAAUGCAAGGAUACCGCUAUCGAGAGAGGAAAACAUCAACUGCCCUCGACGAGCCUCCUGCUCACUUUAAAGGAUACGCGAAAGGAAAUGGAAGAAAACACAAGGCGAAGUAUACAAUACUUCCUAGGAUUGACCUGCCAACAAUUACAAACGAUACUGAUACUAGGCGUUUUUAAGGACUGAUCUGCGAAUUUAUAUUUGAGUUGGCAAUUUCGGUACUACAUAAGACAUGGAAGGGUCCCAACUAUUCACCUGAUCAGGGUAUCAGUACAUUCUAGACACAACCAUCAACACGUUAUGCUCAAAGGGGAAGUUGACCCUGACAAAACUUUGUUGUAAAUAUAGCAGAAAAAUUAAUAAUAAUAAUGAAAAUAAAAAUAUUGUCGAAGAGUUCAGGAAAAUCGAUCAAAGAAUAAACAAAGUUUUUAGAAAUUUAAUUAAUUAAUUUGUGACGUCAUAUGCUAGCAGCUUUCCUACAUAUCGUGCAACAAUAAAUGAAAUGUCUUUUUCUGAGAAAAUUGAAAAGAGUUUUUAUUGUGCCUUUAGAAUGUGAAGAGACAAAUCAUUUUACAUCCGUUCCUGAAAGAAAUAAAGACAUGAUUCACCAAAAGCCAUUUAAAAAUUGAAAUUUAAUGAUUUUAUAUGGUACAGCUGCGCAUUUGUAUAUGACUUCACAUAUAAAAAAACUUCAAUUCCAAUAACUUUCUUAAUAUGUCAUGAAUUUUCUUCAACCAUCACCAAAAUUCUUCAUUAUUUCUUCUUUUUUUUUGCUAUUUUACAACAAACUUUUUGUCAGGGUGAACUUUCCCUUUAAGCAUAGCUUGUCCAUUAAAUGUUAUCAAAUGAUUGAUAUGAAGAGGGGGAAAAAUCGUUUAUCAUUUGUUUGUCAUGGCAAGUCGACAAGAAGCGUUUGGUGCAAAUAGCCUAAGGGUUAAUUUGAUAUUAAAAAUGAAAACCAGACCAAAAUCGGUUUAUUGGAGGAA